CAGCAGCCCGGCACUCUUGAUCCGGGAUGUGGGAAAACGCUUCAUUCCGCCUCUUCCUUCGUUUCACAGGGCGGAAAGUUCAGCGGGCUCGUGUUGGCACAAUGCCCAGCAGUUCAGUAUAAAGGUUACACAGGCCGCUGGAGGGCUUCGGAGCAAGGAAAAGCCGCGGGCGCAUCUUGCCGUGAGUGCAGGAGGGCCCUCGGCUCCCUCCCAGUUCCCAUUUCUUAACGCUCGCGCGUUAAAGGAGGCGCUCCUGGCUCGCCGGUUUUGGGAGUCACAGCCCCGCUAAACUGCUGCUCCUCCUUCCUCUUCCUCCUCCUCCUCCAACCCCGGCGGCGCGGAGGGCUUUUCGCGCGGCUUUGCCUCCUUUUUCCUUCCACGCGACCAUGACGGCGAAACCCGGGAAAUUCUGGCACGAGGCGUCGCAGCAAAUCGUCGCUGGCGGCUCCGCAGGUCUUGUAGAAAUUUGCCUGAUGCAUCCCCUCGAUGUGGUGAAAACCAGGUUCCAAAUUCAAAGAGGAAAAUCUGAUCCCUCCGGGUACAAGAGCCUUGGAGACAGUUUUAAAACCAUAUUCCGGACGGAAGGCUUGUUUGGUUUCUAUAAAGGUAUCCUCCCUCCAAUCUUGGCUGAAACACCCAAAAGAGCAGUAAAGUUCUUCACCUUUGAACAGUACAAAAAAAUACUUGGAAAUGUUUCUCUAUCACCAGCUUUGACAUUUGCCGUUGCGGGCUUGGGAUCCGGGCUAACAGAAGCAGUUGUGGUUAACCCUUUUGAAGUAGUCAAGGUUAGCCUCCAGGCGAAUCGGGAUGCUUUCAAAGAGCAACCAUCCACCUUUGCUAAAGCUCAUCAAAUUAUUCAGGCCAAUGGGUGGGGUCUGAGUGGACUCAACAAAGGGCUGUCUGCUACUUUGGGACGUCAUGGAGUUUUUAAUAUGGUCUAUUUUGGAUUCUAUUUUAAUGUGAAAAAUAUUAUUCCUGCCAAUAAGGAUCCAACAUUGGAGUUUCUGAGAAAGUUUGGAAUUGGGUUAGCCUCAGGAACAAUAGCCUCAAUUAUUAACAUCCCUUUUGAUGUUGCAAAGAGUAGGAUUCAAGGACCACAGCCUGUGCCUGGAGAAAUCAAGUACAGGACCUGUUUUAAAACGAUGGCAACCGUUUAUAAAGAAGAAGGAUUUCUAGCUUUGUACAAAGGCUUGGUUCCCAAGAUCAUGAGGCUAGGACCAGGUGGUGCAGUGAUGCUGCUGGUUUAUGAAUAUGUUUACUGGUGGCUUCAAGAAAACUGGUGACCAAAAGUACUAAUUUCAGACUGAAAAUAAUGUAAAACAAUUCCUAUCAAAUAAAAAAAUAUGUGCAUCAGCAUUUAUAGGCUUAGAAAAGAAAGGGAUAAUUGUUCAAUGGUGGAAAAUGAAUGCCCUUGGUUACUGAAGGCAAGUAGUAGUAAAUAUUCUUCAGGGGGAAAAGUUGAUAUAUUUCACACCCAGAUGCAAAUACCUAUCCCAUUAAGUAUUUUAAAAGAAUAUAAUGUAUGUCUGUCAAGCAAAUUAAAAGUGUUAAUUUGAACUCUCUCUCUCGUUGACUCAUUGACUGAACAAAUCUAUUGUUUAAGAUGCCUGCCUAAAAACCAGGAGACUGCAAAUUCUAGUCUCACUUUAAAAGCUGGCUGGGUGACUUUAGGCCAGUCACUCUCUCUUUCAACCAAUUCAUAUCACAGGGUUAUUGUUAUGGAGGAAAAUAGGAGGAGAAAGGACUAUUAGCUGCCCUGAGUUAUUUAUAAAAAUAACAAAGGCAGGGUAUAAAUAAGUAAACAUUAUAAAGUUGUUAUAAAUUGAGAUCUUAAUUUUAGAGUCCAGUCUUAUAUUGAGAUUUCUGAAUAUGGUAAUCAGGAGAGUUAAACUCAGAAUUGAGUACCACUAAAUUUAAUUGGAGUUGCUAUCAUGUUUGAUGAAGUGAACAACUCAUGAUAUCUGGGCUGUCAGAUCAGGGCUUCAAAAAUUCAGAUGACCACUAAAUAGCAUCCAAAUAGUUGGAUGGACUUAUACUUCACUCAAGUACCUGUAACUCUAUUACUGCUUGUAAUAUUAAGCAUGCCCUCCUGACAGAUGAUUGUAUUACAUACUACUCGGAGCUGCUAUUGAAAAUUAUUCCAAUGUUUUAAUAUGUGUUUAAUAAAUUUUAUUUUAAAAAAAGAAAGAAAGAAAAUUAUUCCAAAAAUUGAAGGAUGAUUCUCAUCCUUUUUGAAGUGGGACAGUCAAAUUAUGUAUUGUAUUCCAUUCAUUCUGCAUCAUCCUUGUCAGUUCAUGUUUUACUCAAAUUGAAAUACUUUGGGGCUUUAAAACUCUAAACAACAUUAUCAUUUGGUAUUUUAAAAUUAUUUUUGAAAGACCUGCUUACAGCCCCACCAUUAUGGCCUUUAAAGUUAACAAGCAUUAGAGACAGGUACUUGUUAGUGGUAGCUCCUACCCUUCAAGUUUCCUCUGUACAGAGAACAGUCAGGCUAUGAAAACUAUUCUACUUUUCUGUGGCUUCUGGUUUUAAGGUUUUUAAUAUUUGCUGUCAUCAAAUAUUUGAAACUGUAUUUUGUUUUAUGUAAGAUUCCUCUAUCAUUUGAUACUUCAUAUUACUGGUUUAUAAUGAAAACUGUAUUCAGAAGACUAUAAUGCUGAAAGAUGGCUAUGAAAUAUAGAUCUAAAAAAACUGUGUCUCAAAAUUUCAAAGAAAAAUGAGAUAAUUGAAUUCUUUUUUUUUAAAAAAAGUAGUAUUUUUAUAAUAAUGCUUGAGGCAUAUUAUGUCAAGACAGCUGGAGAUAUUUUAGCAUUUUAAAAGAUAUUUGUGUUGACAUAAUCAUGUAAAAAAUUUGCCUAGAUUAUAUUAUACUAGCUUUUUAAAAAUGUUCGUAAGUAAUUGAUGUCAACAAAAUGUUUUGUUAUGUAGUAAGUGUUUCCAAUGCAGGAAUUAAAAGUCUUCAGAGGAAAUCUGAUAUUUCUCUAUUUUGUUGUUGUUGUUCUUGUUGUUAAUUUAGCAUGUUCAAAAUUCAAAAAUAAAAUACAUUUACAUA